ACGCAUGCGCCGUGAGUUGGUAACGCCGUCGCGGCCGUGGUGCUGUCGAGAGUGGCUUUGUGCUUUCACACAUGCGUGUUGCAGGCUCUGUGACAGAACUUUGGCGGCGACGGAGCCCCAGGGACUGAGAUGGAGUCGACGCCGGAGGAAUUGAUGCCCCGACUGCUGCCUGUAGAGGAUUGUGAUCUCGCGGAGGAUUUCGACCCCACUGUGCCCCCCAGAACGCCCCAAGAGUAUUUGAAACGGGUCCAGAUUGAAGCUGCAAAAUGCCCUGAUGUUGUCGUGGCCCAAAUAGACCCCAAGAAACUGAAAAAGAAGCAAACAGUUAAUAUUUCACUUUUAGGAUGUCGGCCUGCCCCCGAAGGGUAUUCUCCGACUUUGAAAUGGCAACAGCAACAAGUGGCUCACUUUUCAACCAUUCGCCAGAGUGUGAACAGGCACAGGGAUCACUGGAAGUCCCAGCAUUUGGACAGUAAUGUUACAAUGCCCAAAUCAGAUGAUGAAGAAGGCUGGAAAAAAUUUUGUCUGGGUGAAAAGCUGUAUUUGGAUACAACUGUUCAAGUAUCCAGUGAUGAAAAUCAAGGAAUUGAUUAUGUACAGAUUGGCUUUCCCCCAUUGCUGAGCAUUGUUAGCAGAAUGAAUCAGGCAACAGUAACCAGCGUCUUAGAAUACCUGACAAACUGGCUUUCAGAAAAGGAGUUUACUCCAGAACUGGGCAGAUGGCUUUUUGCUCUGCUGGCCUGUCUUGAAAAGCCAUUGUUACCAGAGGCUCACUCCCUAAUUCGGCAGCUGGCCAGACGAUGCUCUGAAGUGAGAGUUUUGGAGGAAAACAAGAAUGAUGUUGAAAGAGUAUCUGCUCUGAAUUUGUUGAUUUGUUUAGUUGGCAGGUAUUUUGACCAGCAUGACCUGGCUGAUGAGCCAUCCUGAUAGUGUGGAGAGUAUAAAAGCACAGGCUAUUGUGCUUUCUAAGGGAGAAUGUCACAUGACUUAUGAACUAGCUGGUUCUGACUCAAGUGUGAACAGCAGACAUGUUCUACCUUCCUGUAUGACCUCACUGGAGAUAGGGAUUGUGUGCUCUGUGAAAAGAGAAACCAGUUUGAACAAGAGUAAUCGUAUUACUGGAUAAUUCAGCUUCAAUGACAUCAGCUGCAAGCUCCUCAUUCAAUGGACAUCACCAAGCAAGGCUAAUUCAUCAUUAAAAACCGGCAGAACUGAAUUAGACUUUUGAAGAGUUCCUCAUCAGCCAAUGUCAAGUGUUUGUUUUACAAUAAAGUUCUUCAAAAAUG